GCGUCUUCCUGCUACACCUCCUGCUACUCUUCCUGCUACUCCUCCUGCUACUCUUCCUGCUAUUCCUCCUGCUACUCUUCCUGCUACUCCUCCUGCUACUCUUCCUGCUACUCCUCCUGCUACUCUUCCUGCUAUUCCUCCUGCUACUCUUCCUGCUACUCUUCCUCCUUCUACUGCUCCUGCUACUCUUCCUCCUGCUACUUCUCCUGCUACUCCUCCUGCUACUCUUCCUCCUGCUACUCCUCCUGCAACCGUUCCUGCUUCUCCUCCUGCUACUCCUCCUCCUGCUACUCCUCCUGCUACUCCUCCGGCUACUCUUCCUUCUGCUACUUCUCCUGCUACUCCUCCUGCUACUCUUCCUCCUGCUUCUCCUCCUGCAACCGUUCCUGCUUCUCCUCCUGCUACUCUUCCUCCUGCUACUACUCUUACUGCUACUUCACCUGCUACUUUUCCUCCUGCUACUCUUCCUGCUUCUCCUCUUGCUACUCCUCCUGCUACUCUUCCUCCUGCAUACUCCUCCUGCUUAUCCUCUUGCUACUCCUCCUGCUACUCUUCCUCCUGCAUACUCCUCCUGCUUAUCCUCCUGCUACUCCCCCUGCUUGUCCUCCUGCUUCUCCUCUUGCUACUCCUCCUGCUACUCUUCCUCCUGCAUACUCCUCCCGCCUCUCCUCCUGCUACUCCUCCUGCUUCUCAUCCUGCUACUCCCCCUGCUUGUCCUCCUGCUACUUCUCAUGCCUCUUCUCCUGCUUCUCCUCCUGCUACUCCUCCUGCUACUCUUCUUCCUGCAUACUCCUCCUGCUACUCCUCAUGCCUCUGCUCCUGCAUACUCCUCCUGCAUACUCCUCCUGCUUGCCUUCCUGCUACUCCUCCUGCCUAUUCCUCCUGCAUUCUCCUGCUAUCUUCCCUUGUUCAUUUCCCUGUUCCUUUGAUAUUAGUUCAUGUAGUGUAUUGACUCUCUACCCGGUAGGUUCCAAAGGCGGCAGCAGUCUUCUCAGAGUGGCUGAGUCUGGCACCUCCUAA